GCGUAUGGACGUGAGUAGUGCUAGUGGAGGUAAAUAAAUACACAGUAAGAAAUUGCUCACAAAACUACCACACAAGAGUAAAAUAGAAGAAAUAAGAAUUAAAAUAUUUUACAUACAAUGAGAAUGAAACAGUGAUUCUAAUUGGAAACGAAAAAAAAGGAAGUUGAAAAAGUGGUGGAGUGGAAGAAGACAGACGGACGACACACACAACAAAGAAAUACGAAUAAAAAUAAUAACAAUAACAACACUGGCAGCAAAAGAGGAAGUGUGCUGUAAUAGCAGCAGCAGCUAAACUGCACUGCCAACGUUUAGCGCAUAACAAAAGAUAUUAUUUAUUAAAACAGACAAAAACAAGACUAAAAUGAAGUGAAUAAAUGAAAGAAAGAAAGAAAAAAGCAAAAAAUCCAAAAACAACGAAACUAAAUCCUAUAGGAAAAUUAAAGGAGAAGAGACGUAUUCAUUUAUCGAUUUUCAAACGCGCAACGCAGUAGUUAUAGUCAACUAAACGACGAAAGCGGUUGUGAAAAAUUUUGUAAAAAUACAAUAUUUUUUAGCAACUUAGAAAAAAUUUGCAAAAAUGCUAAAAUUAAAACAAAACAAAUUAUAUACUAAAUAACUAAACAAAAAUUCUUAAAUUAGCCAUAAAUAUAAUUUAAAAACAAAAUCAAAGUGAUUUUUUUAAACAAACAAAAAAGUCUGCAAAAAUAUAGAAAAAAAAAUAAGUUCAAUGCAAGAGAAAAAGGCGUGUAGUAGUGUAUAAGUAAAAAAGUUGCUUAAUUGAUAACAACAACAACAAUAAUUGACACAAACAACAACAAUAAUAACAUUUAAUAAAUACUUUUAAAAAACAACAAAUAAACAAAAUGUGGAUACCAUCAAACAACAAAUACGGUGUCGCUAUACACAAUUGGCAUGGUGAUGUUCGUUUUGGUCUUCCAUUAGAUGUUGGAGAUUCGGUGGAAAUCUUAGAAGAAUGUCCAAAAUGGUUUCGCGGCACCUGUCCACGAAAAUCACGAGCUGUGGGAUUAUUUCCCAAAACAUAUAUACACAUAAAAGACUUAUCAAAAAUAGACCCAGUGGUAGCCGAAUGUACACAAGUCUUAAGGGAAUGGUCGGAAAUAUGGAAAAAAUUAUUUGUGGAUCGAGAAACUUACAAAUUCCACACAUUACGUAAAGUAAUGCUAUCGAUUUUAGAAAGUAGGCGUGAAUUAUUGGGAGCAACUUUAACACAAGAUCAAACUUUAGAACUACAAAUGACAGUCGUUUCAAAAAUCGACUGGGGCAAUAGAAAACUUGGUCUGGAUUUAGUACCUCGAGUGGGGCCUCUGGCAGUGGAUCCUCAUAAUAUUGGUAUAGUUGGUUUACACAAUGUUCAUGUUACCAGUGCUGAUAAUGCUAAAGCAUCAUCUAGUCGUGGCACAUUACGGCGUAAAACGCAACGAAAGAUACUCACACAUCAUUUAUAUUUUUGUAUGCGAGAUUUUGGUUAUCGCAUUGCGGGAGGCGAUGAUGCAGAAGUUUAUUUUUAUCUUUAUGAUGCCAAUAAUAUGAAAGCUUUGUCUGAAAGAUUUUUGGUCAAAAUCUCUAAAGAUGGCUACUCCAAUUAUAUGGAAAGAAUGAAUAGUAAUUGCACAGUAUUCACAGAUUUAGGUGCGGCUGAUUUAAAUGAUGAUCUCUAUUUGGUGGCUGUUGUUAUGCGUGUAGGCAAGAUUUUAUCUUCUGAUCCGGUUAAGAAAUCUGAAAAAUCCAAUAAUAAUGCUUGCUGUAAUGGCCCACCCGCAUAUCGGCGACCGUUUGGUGUAGGUGUACUAUCGUUGUCGGAUUUUUGCCAUUUUGAUAGUACCAUAGAAACAGAGGAAAAAGAGCAUAACAUUAAAUUGGUUUAUCAUAAUGAUGAGAAGGAUUUCCAUCAAUUACCCGAGUUAAUAAUUAAGAAAUCAAGUGGCAAAUAUCAGCCGAUAAGCACUGGUAGUCAAAGUAAUCAAGGUGUUGUGGUAUCUCUAAAACUCUUACAUGGUGGCUUGGGUCAGGCACGCCAAGAACAACCCUUACUCUUCCAAGGUAGUACCAUUACACGUAAAAUGGGCUUCCCUGAUGUCAUAAUGCCCGGUGAUGUACGAAACGACAUGUUCAUUACCUUAGAGCGGGGAGAAUUUGAAAGAGGUGGUAAAAAUACGGCUAAAAAUAUACUUGUCACAGUGGUCGUAUUUGAUGUUGCUGGCAAUAUCCUUACGGAAUGUUUAUGGGGUGCUUCUGGUAUGGAUUCACAAAAUUGUUACAAGUCAAUGAUUCUGUAUCAUCAGAAUGCUCCCUGUUGGAAUGAAAUGUUACGUUUAAGUGUACCCAUUGACAAGUUUUCUACCGCUCAUGUGCGCUUUGAAUUUCGUCAUUGUUCGACGAGAGAAAAAUCAGAUCCAAAAUUAUUUGGAUUUAGUUUUGCUCGUCUAAUGGAUCCUAGUGGUGCUACUUUGGCAGAUGGCCAGCAUGAAUUGUUUGUGUAUAAAUGCGAAGACCCAUCGAAGUUAAUGACAGCUAACUAUUUGAUAUUACCUUGUAAGCCAAAAGAUCCACAUGCUAAGGUGGAGUGUAGUUCAAUAUUCCAUAGAAGUUCGAAAGAAGUGUUCGUAAUGAGAUCUUUAUUAUGUUCCACCAAACUAACGCAAAAUGCUGAUUUACUAUCACUGCUGCAGUGGCGUGCUCACCCAGAAAAAAUACAGGACUCCUUAACUGGCGUUUUACGUUUAAAUGAUGAAGAACUGGUGAAAUUUUUACAAGAUGUUCUGGAUGCUCUUUUUGCCAUGUUUUCCAAUGAGGAGGGCAAUAGCACACAACAUUCUGGUCUUGUAUUUCAUGUGCUUGUCAGCAUAUUUAGUCUGUUGCAAAGCAAUAAAUUUCAACAUUUUCGUCCCGUUAUGAAUGAGUACAUUGAGAAUCAUUUUGCCGCUGCUUUAGUCUAUAAAGGUCUGAUAACCUCUGUAGAGCAUAUGGCUGUUUUUAUGACAAAAGCAGAACAUCCUGAUCCGUUUCAGAAGUGUUUCGGUUCUUUAGAAUAUAUUUUCAAACUUUUGAUUCAGUCUAGAAAAUUAUUUGCUCGCGCUACUGGUGGUCAAUAUGAGGAUUCAUUUCGUAGAGAUUUACACUCAUUAUUUACGGCUUUAAAUGGUAUGUUGGCAGUACCGUCAUAUGAUGUUAUUAUACCCACCCAGGAGGCUUUAUUAAAUUCAACUGGUGUUGUAUUGGAACAAUUAAAAGAUACUCUGCCAGCACCAGAACUAGGUAUGCUGGCUCGGAAUAUGCUAGAUGCCAUACCCAGGGAUGCACCAAUACGUUUGGUGCAGGCAAAACUUCAGGCUGUAAAGGAUUUAGUAUCAGGUGAACUAUUUCACGAGGAUGAUUCCCGGACUGUUAUCCUAUCUGUCGCCUGUAAACACUUACGCAUGCAUCUAAGCCGUCGUGAUGAACUAAAACUUUGUGCCGAAAUUCUAUCGGAAAUUCUAACACAUCUCUACGAUUUGCAAAAGGAACAAAAAGAUAAAGUCACAAAUACCUUGCAGCAUGACUUGGACUCGUUGUGUAAAAAUAUUCUAGGAAUUUUAAUUAAAACCAUUAUUAUAAUUUUGGAAGGAACAAAUUCUGUGCUGCCACAACUAGUGGCUUGUUUGUUAGGUCUCCUACAGCUUUUAGAUGAAACACAUUACAAACGUUAUUGGGACGAGUUAAGUCCCAAUAAAGAUCCACGGGAUCUUAAGGAAUUUUUAGGCAAAUCAUUAUUAGUAUUUGAAGAAUUACUGUCACAAGAUUGGUUGGUAUUUCCCACAGACUGGUUAAUCAUGAAGUUGGCCUGCAAUGAUGUACUACGCAAAUCCUUGGAAGAAUUUGCAAAGCCUCUGGUAUAUCGCUUCUUGGGAUCAAAAUCAUUUGAUUCUCAGCUGUGGUGGUCUUACUUUAGUUUAGCGGUAACAUUCUUAACUCAACCAUCACUACAAUUGGAAAAAUACCGUGAACCAAAAAGACGCAAAAUUUUACAUUCUCAUGGUGAUAUGCGCGUUUUAAUGGGUUUCCAAAUACUAAGCAUGUGGUCACAACUGGGAGAACAAAAACUACACUUUAUACCCUCAAUGGUGGGUCCAUUUUUAGAAGUCACUUUAGUACCCGAACCGGCUUUAAGAAAAGCCACAUUAACAGUAUUUUAUGACAUGAUGCAGUGUGAACAGAGUGCUCGUGGUUCUUUCCGUUUAGUUGAAAGUGAACUUAUUGAUAAAUUAGAUUUAUUAAUAAGUGAAAAUAAAGGCGAUGAUGAAUAUCGUGAACUUUUCAGCACCAUUCUUCUCGAAAAAGUUCAAAAUGAAAAUCCAACCUGGAGAGAUGCUGGUACGGCUUUUAUUGCUUCGGUAACACGACUAUUAGAACGUUUAUUGGAUUAUCGUAGUGUUAUGCAGGGUGAAGAGAAUCGUGAUAAACGCAUGUCAUGUACAGUCAAUUUGCUGAACUUCUAUAAAAAUGAAAUCAAUCGCAAAGAAAUGUAUUUAAGAUACAUUUACAAAUUACAUGAUUUACACUUACAAGCGGAAAACUAUACUGAAGCAGGUUUUACUUUGAAGCUCUACGCGAACAUGUUAACGUGGGAUCGUGAGUGUAUAGUGGCUUUGCCUAACGAUACUGUAGGAGAACCGGAAUGGCAGCGUAAAGAAAAAUUAUAUCAUCAGAUAUUAAAGUAUUUUGAUAAAGGCAAAUGUUGGGAGAAAGGUAUACCCUUGUGCAAAGAAUUAGCUUUACUAUAUGAGACUCGUCGUUUCGAUUAUAAUAAACUGAGUGAAAUUUUAAUAUUAGAAGCAAAAUUCUUUCAAAAUAUUUUAACCCAACUAAGACCAGAACCGGAAUAUUUCAGAGUAGGUUUUUAUGGUUUAGGAUUUCCGUUAUUUGUAAGAAACAAACAAUUUGUUUAUCGUGGCUUGGAAUAUGAACGCAUUGGUGCAUUUACACAACGCUUACAAACCGAAUUUCCAACUGCACAAAUUUUAACUAAUAAUAGCCCUCCGGCCAAUUCCAUCCUCACUGCUUCGGAGCAAUAUAUACAAAUUAGUUAUGUGCGUCCCGUAGCGGAUGCUCAAGCUUUAAAAUCUGCCAUGGUUACAGUUCCCGAGAAAAUCGCUCGUUUUUAUGAAGUAAAUGAUGUUAGUCGAUUUAUAUCCGAUCGUCCCAUCUACAAAGGUACUGUAGAUAAAGAUAACGAAUUCAAGUCUUUGUGGAUAGAACGUACUACACUCGAUAUAGCCAGUCCAUUGCCUGGUAUAUUAAGAUGGUUCGAAGUAAAACAUAAAUCCGUGCAGGAGUUAACCCCAGUAGAAUUUGCUUGCGAAACUAUGAACAAUGUGGGCAAAGAACUUUGGGAUUUAAUAGUGCAAUAUCGCAAUGAUCCUAAGCGUAAUAUAAACCCAUUUUCUAUGCGUUUACAGGGGAUUAUUGAUGCUAAUGUUAUGGGCGGUAUAAGUAAAUACCAGGAGGCCUUUUUCACCGAACAGUUUCUUAAAUCACCCCAAGGUGAGGGGCAACAGGCCAAUGUACAAAAACUUAAGUCCUUAAUUUUGGAAAAAAUACAAAUUUUAGACCAGGCCCUUGAACUUCACGGGCAACUGGCACCUCCGGGUGUGCAACCAUUGCACAAUCGCUUAUUGGAAAGAUUUUCUCAGUUAAAACAAAGCCUUUCUGGCUUAGGCCGUCUGAAGAGGCAAUAUUCUGAAAGUAUUGUAAAUACUCCGCUACCACCAUUGCCUACAGAAAAACGAACUAUGAGUUUAGGCACUAACAGUGGUCCCACCUCACUGAUAUCGGCUUCAAAUUACUAUGAACACGAUGAAAUAUAUACCAGGCCCGGUGAAACAAGACCUGUCGAACCCUGUAAUUAUAACAAUUCCUAUCAAACCUUAAGCAAGGAAAAUUUGAACAUUGUUGGUGAUAUAAGAACAGAAGCGCAAAAUGCUCCUCCUAUACCUAAUCGUCCUCGAUCUCAAAACUUCAGUUCAAACAUGUCCUUGGAUGGGCCUGAAGUUCCACCCAAACGCAAUAUAAAUUUGCCGGGAUCUCCAGGUGCGCCCCCUUUACCGCCGAGGGGCAUAACACCCGACAAACGAGCCUCAAAUCCCAUGGUAUUUAAUGAUUUUUCUACAGAUUCGCCUGUAUCUAGUAUGCCACGAAGACCACAUUCCACAUCGCAUCAACAUAAUCAAAAAUAUGCUGUUGUCGAUAUCAGUUUCGAUGAUCCCGAAGCUGAUCAGGCUCCACAUUCUUUAAAUCAUUCACAUAACUGUCACAAUUCUGACUUAAAUCAUUUAAAUGUUGCAUAUGUUCCCAAUGAUUUUCGGGAUUCAGGCAUAUCAACUGCUAGUGCGCACGAAUUGAAUCAUUUAAAUAAUUUAAGUGAAGAAUCUUCCUCAAAUUCCUUAAGCACCGUUCAUCAUCGUGAUCAUUGUCGUAUGUCUUCUAAUGGCAGUAUGGAUGGUUCAUAUGCCAUCAACUCAUUAAACAUAAAUCAACGUGAGAAUUCAACCAGUUCAUUUGAUUUAGAAGAAGUGCCCAUGCCGCCACCACCCAUACCCCCAAAAUCGUUAAACAUCAUAGCCACUCAUGAGUCAUCCAUUGAAUCGGGCCCAUCUACACCACCGGCUUUAACAAAUCAGGCACAAAACUCAAAUCAUUCCCACUUACACCAUCAUCAUCAUCACCACCUUCAUCAACAACCAAAUGGUCACAAUGAUGGCUAUGUUUCACCCAAAGCCACAUCUGUGACUACAUCCCACGAUAUAAAUGAAUCUCAGGGUGAUGUUGGCAACACUUUUUGAGUUACAAUAUGUCGCUGCCACCAAUCACCAACAUCUACAUCUAGUAUUGAAGUUAACACGACUACAGAAACAUCAUCAUCGCCUACAACCUCACCACCACCAACCAAAACAAUGUUUACCGAACAGGCAGUCGUACAUGCAUCUCAAUCAAUGACUUCUUUGACAUUAAAUACGAACACCACACAAUCACCCAAUCAAAAUCUCAUUCACCAAAGUCAACAGCAACUACCCAAACAGCAACAGCAAGACAAAUAUAACUUUCAUUAUCAUCAUCACCAUCACUCUCCCCAUCAUUCAUCAUCCUCUCAGCAAAAUACUCAACAGCAGCAGCAUCAUUCACAUCAGCACAACCAUAAUUAUCAUCGCCAAAACAAACAAGUACAUACAUUGCCAUCAUCUCUGCCCACUUCUAUGGAAUCAUCAAUUUCACGUCGGAAUUCAAUUAUAGAACAUUGUUCCUGUGGUCUUACAUUUAAAGUUGAUAAAAACACAAAUAACAUUAUAACAUCAUCCACCUCUCUGCUAACGCUCAAUACAAUAUACAACGAAAAUCCAACCUUAAUUGAUCAAAUAAACAAUCAGGGAUCCCUAACACAAUCGCAGAAUAUACUGCAGGAUGCAAAACACCAUCAGAAACAUCGUCAACAGCAAUCACAACAACAGCAUCAGUCAUUUAACAAACACAAUUAUCAUCAACAACAACAUCAUGCUCAUCACUGUCAUCAUUAUCAAACUCCAUCGUCAGGUGGAACAGUAACUGUUGCAACUGCUCCAGUAACAAUACCUCGUUACAAACCAUCAGAACCACCGGAAAUUCAUACUCAUGAAUAUUUCUCACAAGAAUCUCAAUCUCAAGAUCACACCACAACAAUCACAAAUACGACUGCAUCAUCCGCAGCAUCAAUAAAUGCUUCUUUUACUACACCACAUUCGCAUGGUUGUCGUCACUCACAUGUUCAUGCCCAAACCGAUUUCUCAUAUGGCCAGCGAUGACAUGCUUAAGGAACUAAAAUAGAAAAUAGGAAGAGAGGCGUAAGUAAAGAAUAAUUUACAUAUUAAAAUAAUACUAAAAAUUAUACUACAUGAUCUAAAAGUAUUAAAAGAUUCAUAGAAAAUAUUUCGAAUGAUAUGGUAUGUGUUCGAAAAUGCUAUGAAUCUUCUCCAAUUUGUAGCAACAAGUGAAAACUUAUGUGUUUUAAUAUUUUUUAUUAAAAUCUUUAAAAAAUGGAAAAAAUAGUAACUAUAAGUAGCAACUAACAAAAAAAGUAUAAAAGUGUAGUAAUAGCUCUUGUAGUUCUAAAUUAAUUCAAAAUAGUUCUCAAACAACUAACUGUUCAACACAAGUUUUUCCUUAGAUAUUUGUAAAUUUUCUAAAUGCAAUUCGAAUUAUUCAACAGAAAGAGUUUCGACACCAUAUCACUUCUAAAGAAUCAGUCUGAAGGUAAAAUUUCGAACAGAAUUCAUCGAUCUCAAACUAGAACAAGUACAGGCUAUAGUCAUGUGUUGCAGUAGAAUAUAUAGUUGUGGAACUUAUACAACAAAAACCGAAAAAAAACAAUCUAUGUAUUUAUAAAAGACUUACAUCUUCCAUUUCUAAAGUUUUCCAUUUUAUUUUUCAAGCGAUUUUUUUAGAAAGUUUUUAUUUUUUAAUUCGAAAUAUUUUUAACCAUUCUUUCUUUAACUAAUUUUUCAAUAAUUGAAUUGAUAGUUUCACUUUUCUGCGAAGCAAUAUUAUUUUAUAUUCUAUCUAAAAAAAUUUAUCAGCUAUUAUUUUAUUAAUAUAAAACACAUAAUAGUUAUUAUCUUCCUAUAAUGCCAAUCAUUAGAAAAAAAAAGUUAUUUCAAAUCAAGUCAUCAUAGUCUUCACAAACAUGCGUUUACACAGUAAAAUAAAUUUAAACAGAAAUUAAAAAUAUAAAUAAAUAUUUACUGUUUGGAAUUGUAACUAAAAUUAAAAAGUUACUAAAUAACAAAUAAUAGACCUAUAUUUAAUUAAAAAUUAUUAACAAA